AUGGGCGAGCAUACUGUUGUGAAUGUGAGUCAACUGCGGAAACCUGAGGUGGUUGACCCAACUGGAAAGAAGCCUGAGAUGGUCGGGUCCUCUUCGUCGAUGGCGGCAGAUAAUGAUAAAGUGGUGAUGGUGGUGGAGCAUGAAGAGGAGGAUGAGCAAGCACCUCUAAUAGGGUUGGGCGAGUGCCGUAUUUGCCAAGAAGAGGAUUCUUUCAACAACUUGGAGAGUCCUUGUGCUUGCAGUGGAAGUCUUAAGUAUGCCCACAGAAAAUGUGUACAGCACUGGUGCAAUGAGAAGGGAGACAUAACCUGUGAGAUCUGCCAUCAGCAAUAUCAGCCUGGUUACACAGCUAUUCCACGUCCUCCUACUGAUGAGACUACAAUUGAUAUUGGGGGAGUGUGGCAAAUUUCGGGGACACCACUGGACAUGAACGAUCCUCGUCUGCUGGCAAUAGCCGAGGCCGAACGUCAGUUGUUUGAAGCAGACUAUGAUGAUUACAACAGCACCAAUAAUAGUGGUGCCGCCUUUUGCCGCUCGGCUGCCCUAAUUUUAAUGGCUCUUUUACUGCUGAGGCAUGCGCUGUCGAUCACUGAUGAUGGAGGUGGAGAUGGAGAGGACGAUGGUGAUGCAUCGGCAUUCCUGUCUCUGUUCUUGCUUCGUGCAAUUGGAUUUCUUUUGCCUUGCUACAUUAUGAUCUGGGCGAUCAGUAUCUUGCAACGCAGGAGGCAAAGACAGGAAGCUGCAGCAUUAGCCGCAAGACAAUUUGCAAUUGUCGUCCAAUCGGGUCAAAGCAGGGGCCUACUCGUCGCCUCGACAACCCCACCUCUGGCUGCCACCACUCCACAGGUGGCUGCGGCACCUCUGCAGGCAGCCGAGCACGUUUGA